CCCAACACCAGCCCGUCAUAAUAAGUCAGCCCACAUGUACAAUCUAUCAAUAUAAAGCAACUCAUUCCCCACAAAACCCUAACCCUAAAAGAUCAGAGCCUACAAUUUUCAGCCGAGGCAAGUGAAGCAGCUCCAAGAAGUGAAGAAAUACAAACAUGGGUAAGGUUCACGGUUCAUUGGCUCGUGCUGGAAAGGUGAGAGGACAAACACCAAAGGUAGCUAAGCAGGACAAGAAGAAGAAGCCCCGUGGCCGUGCUCACAAGAGGAUGCAAUACAACCGCCGUUUUGUCACUGCCGUUGUUGGUUUCGGCAAGAAGAGGGGACCUAACUCGUCUGAGAAGUAAGAAGCUGGAGGAAGAAUUUAGUUUUGUUUGUGUUUGGAGAUCAGUUGUUAUGUUCCGACUUGAAUUACAAAUGAUGUAAUCAGACUCCCUUAGAAAUUGUUCAAUUAUGCGUUUUGUGUUCUUUUUUGAAACUUAAUAGAAACCAAUUUUAUGA